AUGUCUCCAAAGCCGAAGAAGAUGCCCGCCUUUGUCUCCUCCUUCGCGGGCGCCGCGGUUCGCCCUCAGCUGCAUGGCGCGGGCCUCUCUUCCAGACGCGCGCCUUCCCGUCGGCCCGCCUCUACGUCUCGCCGCGCAACACCGAGAGCUAUGCAGUCUGCGGGUGGCGGCACCAUGUACGACGGCGCCCGCGCCGGCCCCCCGCCAGACCUUCCGUCGCUCCUGCUGCACAACCGCAUCGUCUACCUCGGCAUGAGUUUGGUACCCGCCGUCACGGAGCUCAUUAUCGCCGAGUUUCUGUACCUCCAGUAUGAGGACGCAUCCAAGCCGGUUUAUAUGUACAUCAACUCUACGGGAACUUCUAGCCCAGACGGGCAGAAUGUCGGCUUUGAGACCGAGGCGUUUGCCGUCGCCGAUACCAUGAAUUACGUCAAGAUGCCCGUGCAUACGAUUUGUGUGGGACAAGCCUUCGGUAUGGCGGCUAUGCUGCUCGCCAGUGGCGAGAAGACGCAUAGAGCGGCGCUACCGAAUGCGACGAUUAUGCUGCAUCAGCCGAGAGGAUCGGCGCAGGGACAGGCAAGCGAUAUUGCUAUCAAGGCGAAGGAGGUGCUGUACAAUCGCAAGCAGGCGUUUGGGAUCAUUGCGGAGCGAUCGGGGCAACCAUUAGAACAAGUCGAGAAGGACGCGACGAGGACGAAGUAUUUCAGCCCGGCUGAAGCUGCUGACUACGGAAUUAUUGACAAGGUGCUACAGUCGGAGAAAGAUUUACCGCAAAGGGCACCCACUUUCCUCUCUGCGUUGGACAAGUAGGCACAUCCAUUCUGCAUUUUUGUUCGCAAGUAAAACUAUGUUGGGGUGAUGCCUAGAUGUCCAU